UCAUCAUUGGUGUCUCACUAGAGGCUUCUGCUGUGUGACAUUUUGCAGCGCACAGCUCCAGUUGCGUCGUAUAGGCUGUAUAGCCCCGUGUAUGGACAGGGCAUCACAGCGCUUUUAGCAGCCUGUUAAAAGCACAAAUAUCCCCAGCGAUUUAACAUCUUACAAAGGAAAACUGUCUUCUAUGUAUCUUUAUUUCUUCCUUUUUUAUUUUUGUGGGAGUCGCAGACGAAGGAGAGUUACAGAUGCCAACCAGCAAGACAGGAGGUGUGGCACCGUGGCCGUGUCCUGUUUGCCGUGGGACGUGGACAGGUCACUUUGCUUCUGAAGAUGUGAGGGGGGGAAUAAAAAGAAGCCAGGAGUCUGUGCAACUUCAUACGUCACACGUGAUCAUCACAGCAACUAAUUGUCGCCCUUAAGUAGCGGACUUUUACCUGCGCACCUCGUGGAACUUGAAGACGGGUGCGCUCCAUGUUGCAUCUAGGACACACCGGUACCGACGGUGCCGGCGGGACGUUGAACUGACUAAUAUUCCUUAUCAUUAAACGAUCAAUACAUCAGCGGGGACUUGAAGCGGGCAGCUUCUUGCUGGUAGCCGAGUGAUGCCGGACACGUUAAUGCUCCUGAAGAACCGGACAGAGCCACGGUUAGGGCAGCUGGAGCACAACCUGCCCGCGGAAGGGACCACCCGCCCCGCCUGGGUCAUCGCUAUUCUUGCCAGUGUCUUGAUCUUCACCACUGUGGUGGAUGUGCUGGGGAAUCUGCUUGUCAUUAUUUCGGUGUUCAGGAACCGAAAGCUAAGGAAUGCAGGUAAUGUGUUCGUGGUGAGUCUGGCGUUUGCUGACCUUGUGGUAGCCUUCUAUCCCUAUCCCCUGGUCCUCUACGCUCUCUUUCAUGACGGCUGGGCCCUUGGAAACACUCAGUGCAUGGUCAGCGGUUUCCUUAUGGGUCUCAGUGUCAUUGGCUCCAUCUUCAACAUUACAGGCAUUGCAGUGAACAGAUACUGCUAUAUCUGCCACUCCUUCUCCUACAGCCGACUGUACAGCUACCGCAAUACCUUGCUGUUUGUUGCCUUAAUUUGGGUGCUCACGGUCGUGGCCAUCGUCCCAAAUUUCUUUGUUGGUUCUCUGCGCUAUGACCCACGGGUCUACUCCUGUACCUUUGCCCAGAAUGUCAGCAGUUCCUACACUGUGGCGGUGGUAGUGGUUCACUUUCUGGUUCCCAUUGCAGUAGUUACCUUUUGUUACCUUCGCAUUUGGGUUCUUGUCAUUCAGGUGCGACGCAAAGUGAAGACUGAAGACAGCCCUCGCCUCAGACCCAGUGACUUGCGAAAUUUUAUCACCAUGUUUGUAGUAUUUGUUCUGUUUGCCAUUUGCUGGGCUCCACUCAACCUGAUAGGUCUAGCGGUGGCGAUAGAUCCAACUCACGUGGCUCCACACAUCCCAGAGUGGCUUUUUGUUGUAAGCUACUUCAUGGCCUACUUCAACAGCUGCCUGAAUGCCAUCAUCUAUGGUUUGCUCAACAGGAAUUUCAGGAACGAGUACAAACGCAUCGUCACCUCUGUCUGGGUGACCCGGCUUUUUGUGACAGAGACAUCGAGGGGCGCCACCGACGGCAGGAGCAUGAGGAGCAAGCAGUCACCACCACCGCCGCUCAACAAUAAUGAGUCAGUCAGAGAUCGUGCUAAUAAGGAAUAAACUUUGCAUUCUUGAUCAUGGUAAUUCCUUUUUUAUGUGACAUCAAGUAGUUGUGCAGCUAAAGAGUAAAAAGAAAGUAAUGAAACUGGAAAACAUGGCUUUGUUUUCCAAUUUGCAGCAUACAGUAGAUUUAAACUAUAAAC